AGGGAUAGAGGGCGCUUCACUUUUCAAAAGAGUGAUGUGGCUUUGCGAUCGACUUGUCAAAGUAUGACAAAAUGAAUAGAUUUAAGUUAUUAUUUUUUGUGAUAAUUAAAAUAAGCUUGUAUAGAGUAGAAGCCCAAAUAUCCGAUAAGAGAUUAUGCGUGGACGAAGAAUGUAAAGUCCCCAUUUCGCUUGCCAAGACUCUUUUGAGGUAUUCUAGUCCCGACUCGAGGAUCCUGUCGUUCGCCCCCAACGUCGACAUAACGAUUUACAGUAAAUCAGCUGGUUCUCGAGAAGACCUUUGGGGGGGCGAGAUUAAUGGCAAAAGGGGAUAUGUCCCCAAACAUAUGGUCCGAGAAACGAAAGUUCUUCAAAAGCCGACUCUUUUAGUCGACACCGAGUUCAGUAAUGAGACCGAUUCAAAAGAAGUGCCUUCACAAGUUGAACCAAACAAAGUUCAGGAACCUUACGAAGUUGUUGAUGGUACGACCAUUUACCUAAAUCCGCAAGAUGAUAUCAGUCCGUCGUCCACCGAGAGCCCAAUCCAAUCAACACUUGUACCAUCACAAGACGACUCUAGCAAAUUUAUUGGGAGGACCAUUUUGUCUAAUGAGCCUUUACAGCCAGAAGCUGGACAAAAGGAAUCUCCCAAAAACGAAGUGAACGUCGAAAGCACAAAUCAAGGAAAUAAUUUAAGCGAAUCUAUAGAAGAACAAGCCAAAAGUGAAGAAGUUUCAAAGGAGCAAAUAGAAAUACAAACGGAUCCAGUACCAAUUAGUGAAGAAAAUUUGUCACAGAAAGAAGCACCUUCAAGUGCAGAUGAAAACGAAGAGUCCGAAGAAGAUGAUGCCGAGAUCGACAUAGAUGACGAAAAUGAUGAUGAGGAUGAUGAAGAUGAAGAAAAUGUAUCAACUCCAGAAACUGUAGUUCCAGCUGAAAUUAAGGAAAACGUUUCUAGUGAAAAUGUAGAACAGAAGGAAGAAAUUCAAUUAGGAGCAGAAAGUGGGUCAAAGAUGCCAGAAUCUGAACCACCAGAAGUGGUGACAGAAUCAAAAACAGAAAUUGUAGAGCCUAAAACUAUUGUUGCAUCAAUUGAAGAGGAAAAACAUGAUUCUAAAGCGGAGGAAAACUUGGAAAGUCUAAAGGAAGAAACAGUUCCUAAUACUGAAGCCCCUACUUUGGCUCCAAACGAGCCUCUGGCACUCACUGAAGAAGAAAAAAAUGUUCCCGGAGCGGAAGAAAACCUUGAAAGUCCAAAGAAAGAAGUAAUUCCUCCUGGUAUUGAAGCCACCACUUUGAGUCCAGAAAUAGAAGUGCCUCAACCCUUUGAUGACAGUAUUGUUGAUGUAACUCCAAACCCUGUCGAACCGGUUCCAGAAGAGCCUAAAAUUUCAAUGGAUGGAAUCCCAACACUGCCACCGUUUGGACUUUUCGGAAGUCCAAAUCCAGAACCAGUCCAGAACGCAGAAGUAGCUCCAGAACCGGAAAAAACUGAUUUGGGAUUGAACACACCAUUGGAAGAAACGCAAAAAGAACUACAGUUCCAGAAACUUGAAGAAAUCCCAGUCCAAAAUAUUGAAGAGAAAAUUGAAGAAACUCAACCGCAGAAUAGCGAAGAGCCGAUUGAAGUAACACCCCAAAGUAUUGAAGAGAAAAUGCCCCAAAACAGUGAAGAGAAAAUUGAAGAAAUUCGGCCGCAGACUAGCGAAGAGACGAUUGAAGAAAUACCACAAAAUAGUGAAGAGAAAAUCGAUGAAGUGACGGAGAAUAGUCAAGUUGAAGAAAAUGACAAUCCUGGGUUUUUCUCGGGAAUAUUGGCUUUUAUGGGGUUGGGUUCGCAAGAAAACACGGAGGAGGAACGCAUAAUGGAACAAUUUAUUCCUUCCGAAGAACAUAUGCCAAGUGAUGAUGUAAUUUCCAAAGUGCGUGAAGAAUCGUUUUGUGAGUCUGGUUCUUGUCCGAAAAAUGAGCUAAGUGACGAUGCCAUGGAGGCGUUCGGUUUCGACUUGUUCAACUUCAACUCAAAUAUACUCCUCUAUUUGGUAACAACAGCGAUUUCUGUUAUUAUUUUCUUGUUUGGCUACAUUGCGCUUGAUAAGAGUAAACGAGAAGGCCCGCUCAUUGCUAAAAUUAAUAGUCUCGAGAAAGAAUUGUUGAUAAUAAUCAAAGAAAACCAGAUUUUACAAGAAAAGUUAUCGACUGAUUCCGGUUACGAAACCAAUGAUCGCGUACCAAGCGAAGUCGUUGAAAACUUGAAACAGGACCUUUUGGCCGUGACAAACGUCAAAAAUGCCCUCGAGGAACAGGUGCAGUCGCUGGAGAAGGAACUGGAAAAUUCGACCGAAGUCGGAAUGGAACUGAAUCGAAUGCUGACGGAAAUUUUAAGUUCCGAGGGCGGUAGCGAUGUCCUUAAGGCCAACGUUGAGAAUUUACAACGGCAACUUGUCGAGCAACAAGCCACCAUUAAUUCAGUUAACGAAACUUUAGCUGUUACGAAUACCGAGAAUCACGAACUUCGGUUGGAGCUGGAAUUGAGCAAUAAGAAAGUUUUAGAUUUACAAGCCGAGUUGGAUAAGUUAUUACUGAAUAUUCUCAAAAUCGAAGAAGAGAAGGACACUCAACAGAGUACGCUGGAAAAUGAAAUAGCCAACUACAGGCAGAAAUUCGAACAAGUUAGCAACAAACUCAAACUGAUGGAGAAUGACCACAGUCUGGAAAUAAAACAGUUGAGAAAUCAAUUAGACCAAACUGAGCGUAAACUAGAACUGAAAACAAAGGAAUACGACCAACUUAAAGACACUUUAAAGCAAGUCAAGUCUCUCAAAAACAACGAAUCGACGUUACGCGACCUACUUGAAGUGACUGACAUCAAGGCCGAACUGGAGGUCCUCAAGUCGGAGAAUGAACGGUUCAGCCAAAAGUUGCGACAGGAACAAGACCUGAAAUCAACCUUUGAGAAGAAGGCACAGAGCGCCGAAGACGAGCUCCGGGUCCUAAGAGAGAAAUACGACGAAACCGACAAGUUGCGCGUCGAGAGUCAGACCAAACUCGAGGUCUUGUCCAACUACUUCAAAGACAGGGAAGCACAAUGGCAGAAGGAAAUCAGCAAGCAUGAGGCGCUUUGGGCCGAGAAAGAAGGAGAAGCUUCCUCAACCAGCGAACGAAUUAAAUUCAUGCAGGAACAAUUACAGAAUUACAAGGCCCAGACCGAGUCACUUAAACAAGAAAUAAUGUCUCAAGAAAUUGAACUGAAGAGUCAAAUUUCGGUUUUGGAGAAGAAAGCGCACGAAAAUUGGGUGAGUGCCCGACAAGCUGAACGGAAGCUCGAAGAAGCGAAACAAGAGGCGGCACAACUGCGACAUAGACUAACGUUACAAGAACGAGAUAAAAGGUUGCAAUCGCCACUUGAGCAAAACGGGGACAUCCCCGAAUCCCCGGCCUCCCCUCCUCUUUUAUUUGGCACGCGUGACCACAUUACCAAAUCUCCUCCCCUUCCAGGGCUUCCUCCCUUCUUGCCGCCCCCUCCCGGAGUUCCCUUCAUGCCGCCGCCACUUCCGGGUGUCCCCCCUUUUAUCCCGCCCCCGCCACCUAACAUGUUUCCGGGUGAUCACCGCCCCCCUCCACUAGGAAGGAUGUCGUCCCCUCCACUAAAUUCCCGAUAUUCGCCGAGUAGUCGGGGAUAUUCGCCUUACGAUCGGAACAGUUCGUCGCCUUCCGAUUCCGAAUACGGUACUUCCCCUCCACAUCGCAGGUACAGUCCGUUCAGAGGGGAUGAUAGGCGGGAUUACAAAAGGCCUCCCCCGGGGAGGACCAAUGGGAGGAGUAUGAUGAAAGGUGGUAGUUCAGGGUCGGGACAUUCGAACGAAUCGUUAGAGAAGAUAAAUAGACAGCAGUCGAAAGUCUAGCGGUUCACCUGUUGUUUUUAUUAUUAGUUUUUGUGUUUGAAAUUUUCAGCGGUCCAAAUUUUUCGUCGCGUAGGUGAACUGAAGUGAAUAGUGCUUUGUAAUAAUCUCUGGUGUAAUACGUGACAAGAUUCUGUCUACUCUAACAUUUUUGAAUUUGUUUUUAAAAAGUAUGUAUAAACUUGUAUAAAGUACUGUUGUAUAAUAAAAUGUUUAUGGAAAA